AUGAUAUAUUGCAUAUAUAUGUAAUACAAAUUUUUUUUGCAUAAUGUAUAUAUGUAGUAUAUAAGAAAGUUUGGAAAAAAACGUACCAUUGCAUAUAUAUCUUAAAGUGUUUUUGGUAGAGUUUUUUAGUUUUCUUAUGAUCAUUGCACAACUAAUAAUACAUAAAAAAAACUUACUAUUGCAUACAUAUUUUCAUGUGCAUGUUUGACUUUUGUGGUUAAUUUAUCUGGACAUUUGAGUAUGAAUAUAAUUAAUGGACUUGUGUUUUUACAUAGAUGGGGAACUGAAACUUAAACCCGUUUACAUCUUUUCAUAUCUUAUAUCAGCAUCUAUCUCUUUUCAACACCCACAAACGUUUCACGUCCCUCAGUAGAUUUCUAGUCAUCAUUCGAAAACACAUAUUUUUUCUUCGAUGCUACGUCCCUUUUAAAUAAACGAAAAUAAAAUAAUAUAGAUUACUAAAAUGUUGGCUGUGUGAGAGAGGGCCCACCAUCUCUCGUCCGCAUUCAAACGCGCAACCAAAUGUCUCCCUUUUUAAGAAGAUGCUAUUAAAGUGAUAUAGAUUAUUCGUUUCAAAAUGUUUACUAUUAUGACGGCAAAGGUCAAUACUACUAAUUAAGAAAUGUUGCCAUAUGUCAACUCUAGUUUGGUAGAUGAUAGGCAGAAUACAUAUUUAUUUCAGUAUAUAUAUGUGUGUGCGUAUGACUCAGUUGAAUAUAUAUUUUGAUUUGAAACGUUAAGGCAGUUGAAGGUAUGAUGAGGGUAUGCAUAGUUUUAGUGGGCUUAUUAUGCCUAUUGAGCAUUGAAGCUUAUGAAGUUGGACUCACUUUUCUGGACACUGCUGUUGCUCAAGGAGCUGUUUGUUUGGAUGGAAGUGCCCCUGCAUAUCAUAUGGACAAGGGAUUCGAUGCAGGAAUCGACAACUGGUUGGUUUUCUUCGAGGGAGGAGGUUGGUGCAAUAAUGUCACGAAUUGCCUUGCACGAAGAGAUACGCGUUUAGGUUCCUCCAAGCAAAUGUUGACAACAGAGACCUUCUCAGGGAUGUUUCACAACAAGCCUAAAUAUAACCCUGAUUUUUAUAAUUGGAAUAGAAUCAAGGUUCGGUAUUGUGAUGGAGCCUCUUUUACCGGUGAUGUGGAAGAAGUUGAUCCUAAAACCAAUCUUCACUUCAGAGGAGCAAGGAUUUUCCGUGCUGUUAUUGAAGAUUUAUUAGCAAAAGGAAUGAAGAACGCGACAAAUGCCAUGCUUGCUGGUUGUUCAGCUGGUGGACUGACUUCCAUACUGCACUGCGAUAACUUCAGAUCACUUUUGCCGGCAAACACUACAGUGAAAUGCCUUUCGGAUGCCGGUUUCUUCAUUAACGCAAAGACGAUUAUCGGAACAAGUCACAUUGAAGGCUUUUAUGCAGAUGUUGUUAAGACACAUGGAUCAGCUAAAGUUUUGUCUCCAGCUUGCACUUCGAAAAUGAGUCCUGGUCUUGUUUUUUUCCCACAAAACAUGGUGCAAUACAUUGAAACUCCAAUUUUUUUGAUAAACGCCGCUUAUGAUUCAUGGCAGGUAAAAAAUAUAUUGGCUCCAGGUGUUGCUGAUCGGAAAGGAACCUGGCGCGAUUGCAAACUUGAUAUAACAAAGUGUUCAUCUGCUCAACUCAAUAUCCUGCAAGGCUAUAGGCAGGAGUUCUUGAAGGCGUUGACUGGAUUCGAUAAUUCUCCAUCGAGAGGAAUGUUCAUCAACUCUUGUUAUUCCCACUGCCAAACUGGAAUUCAAGAAACAUGGUUGAGAAAUGAUUCUCCACUGUUGAGCAACACGACAAUUGCAAAAGCGGUUGGAGACUGGUAUUACGAGCGGGCUACAUUUCAAAAGAUUGAUUGCCCAUACCCAUGUGAUAAAACAUGCCACAACCGUGUUUUUGAGUAGAAGUUGGCAUUGUUUAUCAAAGCUAAUUAUACAUGGGGAUAAAAGGGAUGCAUAUAUAAUCGAUUGAUUCAACUUCCCAGAUUAGUGGAAGGGUUUUAGUUAAAAAAAUUUAAGAAAUUAAGUUCAUGAUGUAAGAUAUCACCAAUACGUUGUGUUGGUGUGUUCAUUGUUCAUUUGUUCUUUUUUAUAAUUCUAAUCAAUAAACUGUUGUUCUUAUGUA